GCACCCUGCUACACUUCCCUGUCGUGAGGUUGGCGUGCAGACGGUGGAGCUGAAGCAAGUUGGUCAUCAUGCAGGUGCUCCUCCAGUGCAGUAGGCUUGUCCUGGCUCUCGCCUUCAUCCUGAUUUUGGGUUCUUCAGUUCAAGGUUCUCCUGUGCGGAAAGCCAGAUACCAGUGGGUACGCUGCAAUCCUGACAGCAAUUCUGCAAACUGCAUUGAUGAAAAGGGACCAGAGUUCGAUCUACUUCCAGGUGAAUACAACAGAAUCCUACCUCCAAGGACUGACCCUUUUUCAAUGAUGAAAUCCAGGAACUUGAAUGAUGUCUUCCCUCUUUCUGAGGACUUUUCAGGAUCAGGCUCUGGAAGUGGCUCUGGAAGUGGCUUCCUACGUGAAAUCGAACAGGAAUACCAACCACUAGAAGAAAACGAUGCUUUUUAUUACAACUUUAGGUCUCUGGAGAGAAAUUUGCCCUCAGACAACCAGGACUUGGGUCAGAAUGGACCAGAAGAGGAUUUUACUAUAUAAAAGAGAGGGUUUCCCAGCUUGACACCAGGCAAUGUAUUUGUGUACCAUGGUUAAAUGAUUAAUUUGAGGACAAAAAGCUUUAUAGAAAAUUUAAAACAUCUGAAAAGGAA